UUCUCACUGAGUUUAAAAAAGCAUCAUUGUGGACUCUAAUAUUGAUAAAUCACGCAGUCUAGCGUACAGGCUUAAAAGAACAAAAUCAUGGCCUCGCUGGCUAAAAACGUGCAGACCUCCACUCUGCCCCUGCCAACAUCAACACCGACGACCACGGGGAAUGGAUAUGUUACUGACACACACCACCGUCCUGAUUUGUUCCAGCCCAGGUUUUUCUUCUUCUACGGUAUGCUCAGUGAUCCCACCACCCUCGCAAAAGUCCUCAAACUUCGUGAUCGUCCGGCCCUUCGUCCGGCGACGAUCAUGGAACACGGAAUGAAGCUGUGGGGCGAGUUUCCGGCGCUCUUAGACGGGCAUCCCGAUACACCAAUUCACGGAGUCGCGUAUGAGAUCAGCUCGCAGGAAGAAGAGGAUCGGCUGGUCGAGUAUGAGUCCGAUAUGUAUCGGAAGAAAGGAUGCGUGAUAGAAUUUAGGGACGGGUCAAAGGUGCCUGGGGUGACGUUUGUUUGGAAUGCGGAUCCGAGGUUGCUGAGGGACAGGAGCUUCGAUCUGAAGGAUUGGCUGUUGGAACAGAGGGAUGGGUGCGGAGAUGAUCUUAUGGGAUUAUAGAAGGGGGCUUUGAUGCAGGGGUUGAAUAAUCAAUGAUUGAUGCUUGCGAUGAGCUUCG